AUGGGAUCCUGGAUGAAUCAAGGCAUGCAGCAGCUGAUCCCCUUAGUGAAUCAACUACAGGACGCAUUCACUUCCCUCGGGGUAUCGCUUGCUCUUGAUUUGCCCCAGAUCGCUGUCGUCGGAGGUCAGAGUGCAGGGAAAUCGAGCGUGCUGGAAGCCUUCGUUGGGAAGGAUUUUUUACCCCGUGGCUCUGGCAUUGUGACGAGAAGGCCGUUGAUCUUGCAGCUGAUAUACGAUAAAAACGCAGAAUAUGGCGAAUUCUUGCACAAGAAAGGUCAAAAGUAUGGAGACUUCGAACUCAUCCGUCAAGAAAUCGAAGCUGAAACUGACCGUGUCACAGGCUCAAAUAAGGGCAUAUCUACCAUUCCGAUUAACCUUCGAAUGUAUUCUCCAAACGUGUUGAAUUUGACUCUGAUCGAUCUGCCUGGAUUGACCAAGGUUCCCGUUGGCGAUCAACCUGCUGACAUAGAAGCGCAGAUCCGAGAUAUGAUUCUCACUUAUAUCACCAAAGAAAACUGUCUUAUUUUGGCGUUGACCGCUGCAAAUACAGAUUUAGCGACGUCAGAUGCAUUAAAACUUGCAAAGGAAAUUGAUCCUUCCGGGUUGCGAACAAUAGGUGUCAUUACGAAGCUUGACCUGAUGGAUGACGGAACGGACGCCAGAGAGAUUUUGGAAAACCGAUUGCUUCCAUUGCGGAGAGGUUACAUAGGCGUAGUAAACCGAAGUCAGAAGGACAUUGAUGGCAGAAAAGAUAUUAAAUCUGCGCUUGAAGCAGAACGCCGCUUUUUCCUUAGCCAUCCGGCUUAUCGGCAUAUGGCUGAUCGACUGGGAACACCAUAUCUUCAGAAAGUACUUAAUCAACAGUUGACCAAUCAUAUCCGUGAUACUUUGCCAUCCCUGAGGGAUCGCCUCCAAAAGCAGCUGUUGGCUUUAGAAAAGGACGUUGCCGAGUAUAAAAAUUUUCGACCCGAUGAUCCGUCUCGUCAAACGAAGGCGAUGCUACAAAUGGUUCAGCAGUUUUGCGCUGAUUUUGAGAAGUGCAUCGAAGGAAGCAGCGGAAAAGACGUGUCAGUGAUCGAAUUGAGUGGUGGUGCGAAGAUCAACAGGUUGUUCCAUGAAAGAUUUCCAUUCGAAAUUGUAAAAAUGGAAACCGAUGAAAAGGAGUUGCGCAGAGAGAUCGCAUAUGCGAUUAGGAACAUACACGGCAUUAGAGUUGGUCUUUUCACACCUGACAUGGCUUUUGAAGCUAUAGUGAAGAAACAGAUUGCCAGGCUAAAGGAGCCGUCGCUGAAGUGCGUCGAUCUGGUCAUAAACGAACUCAGCAACGUUGUUAGAACGACUGCUGAAGAGAUGGGUCGUUAUCCGCGACUGAGGGAAGAAAUUGAGCGCAUCGUCAAUUCGUACAUCCGCGAACGAGAGCAGCGCUGCAAGGAUCAGUUGAUUUUGUUGGUCGAUUAUGAACUUGCGUACAUGAACACGAACCACGAAGAUUUCAUCGGCUUCGCAAACGCUGAAGCGAAAGCAUCUGUAUCACAACGUCAGAAAAACUUGGGCAAUCAAGUUAUACGCAAGGGUUGGUUAACUAUUCAUAACAUAUCUUUUAUCAAAGGCGGAUCAAGGGACUUUUGGUUUGUUCUCAGUUCCGACAAUCUAUCUUGGUACAAAGAUGAUGAGGAAAAAGAACGAAAAUAUAUGUUGCCACUAGACGGUUUGAAACUUCGGGACGUUGAAGCAGGGUUCAUGUCGAGAGCACCUCGAUUCGCCCUAUUUUAUCCGGAUAACAGGAACGUUUACAAAGAUUAUAAGCAGCUUGAGCUUUCGACGAUGACCCAGGACGACGUAGAUGCGUGGAAGGCUAGCUUUUUGCGUGCCGGGGUUUACCUUGACAAGGAAGACCACGACAAUAUGGAUCCACAGUUGGAGCGGCAAGUAGAGACGAUACGAAACUUAGUAGAUUCUUACAUGCGUAUCGUCAACAAGACUAUCCGUGACCUAGUUCCAAAAGCGAUCAUGCACCUCAUUGUUCACAGCACAAACGACUUCAUUCAUCAAGAGUUAUUGGCGAAUCUGUACCAGGCCGGCGAUCAGGAGUCGUUAAUGCAAGAAAGUGAAGCGGCAGCCAGUCGUCGUGAGGAAAUGCUUCGCAUGUACCACGCCUGUAAGGAGGCGUUACGCAUCAUUGGCGACGUUUCAAUGAGUGCGCUGACGUCGAUGUCCGCCCCGUCGCUCGAUCAUAUGCUCGAAAGCUCCAUCCCUCCCAGGUUUGGGUUGGCUUUCGACCGACCGCUUCCUGACGGCGGCAGAGGCGACGGUUCGGUUGCUCAUUUCACUGUAUCACGAUUUAGGCCGAACACGCAGUCGAACGGCGCACCUUCGUCAGACUUGCAUCGCGUUGCCAGUCACCCGUCAACUAGCCGACUACCAUAUCAGUCUUCGAACUACGCCGUCACUGCUCCUCGGCCGGCACCGACCGCGCCAAUUGCUGUUACUAGUGUCGUGUCCUCGACGCAGCCGCCACGAAUUCCAAGUCGUCCUGCACCAACCCCCAUCGCGGCCAAUACCGCUGCUCUGCCACCACCAUUAGUUCCGCAGUAA